UAUUGAAGCGCACUGCAAAACAAAUUCCUGGUCACGAGUCACGACUAUUUCGCCUUAAAAGGGCGGCGCUGGGGACGCAGAGCAUAUCGUUCCACCAUGGCUCGUCUCAGCCUCGUCGUCCUCGCCCUCUGCGCCGUCGUCGCGGCUCACAAGCCGCAGCAGCCACACUUGAAGGGUGGCAAGCCUCAGGGUAGCCUCCUAAACGGCCGGCCCUUGGGUGUGGGUAUCCCUGAGGGCCGCUGGCCUCAGGGUCUCCUCCAGCGCGGCCAGCCUCAGGGUCGCCCCCAGCGCGGCCAGCCUCUGGCUAGCGGCCGGCCCUUGGGUGUGGGUAUCCCUGAGGGCCGCUGGCCUCAGGGUCUCCUCCUGCGCGGCCAGCCUCAGGGUCGCCCCCGGCGCCACGCCAACGGCACUCCGGCCCAGAAGCCCGUCGGUAUCAAGGCGUGGCUCAAAGCCAAGGAGGCGGAGCUCAAGGGCUGGGCCGCCAAGGAGGCCGGCCAGCUCAAGUCGCAGUGGAAGACCAAGGUGGUGCCCCACAUCGCCGCUCUCAAGGAGAAACUCGGCGCAGAGUGGCAGAAGGACGCUCCCAAGAUCGUCGCCCUGCUCAAGGCGAAGACUGGCGCCGUCUUCGAGAAGGCCGUCAACUUCCUCAACAAGAAACUCCAGGCUUGAGCGAGGUUCCAAGCGCGCGGCGCACAGCGAAAGUGGCAAUAGGGCCGCAAUAAAACUGCCAUGCCUGUGAA